CUAGCCCGAGUAGAGAGCCAAGACCCCUCGAUAGAAGUAAACCUGCUUGGUCUACGUGUUGAGGCGCGGAAUUGUGUUGAUUGUGCACCGUCACCAUGGUGGACCUCAGGUCUGGAACUAGUACCACCCCCUACAGCAAGGAGCAAGAGGAGAGAGCUGCCGCUAUCCUGCGAGAGAGGAAGGAGGGAAUGGAGAAGAGGGAACUGAUUAAGCAGGCCAAGAUGCUGGCCCUUCUGGAGGAGCAAAAGGCAAAGAAGAGGGAGCUGGAGGAGGAGAUGAAGAAAUGGACGAAGGAGCAUGAGGAGAUGGCGGCUAUACAAGCGGAGGUGGAGAAAGAAGAAGAAGACGAAAAGCAGGUGGAAGAAGAAGUACCGUUGGAAGGAGAAGAGGUGGAGCCAGUACCACUCAGACUGAUGUCGACGGAACAGGACGCCGGGGCACUGCCACGACGCAGUGCCAGAAUCGCAGUUCGUGCCCGCCCUGCAGUACCCCCAAGACCGAAGAAACUCAGCAGGCGGACGACUCCAGCAGCAUCAAGUACGGCUUUGAUGGCACAAGACGCCACCGGACAUCAUCCCGCAUACCCAGUCCGAGGAGCCAAUGAGCCAGCGGCUGAUUAUCGUGGGCGRCUACUGGCAUUUACAGAAGCCGUAGCUGUCGUCGAGGCUCGGAAGGAGGCAGCAGAGGCAGAACGUCAGCGGCUGGCCAAUGAAGCGGCGGCCGAAGCUCAGCGAACGACUGAGACUGACGCAGCGGCACGAGACAGACGGAAUGCCGCCAGCACGGAGUCCCUGAUUGCUUGUGAGCAUCAGUGGACGACGAUACUCCAAGGCAUGAUCUUUGUGCCUACGGAAGCGCAGGCAGACCCGACACCGGCCGAGGCAGAGAGGAACAACCUGGCUAACUUGAUGCUGGACAUGAUGAGAGGUAUUAUGUGGAAUAACACACUGCUGCAGUCACAUCUGCGCACGGACGUAACGCAGCGACAGACGUACAAGAACGACAUUUCUGUUUUAUCAACUGCAAUCCGCGCCGAAGCAACGAAGCAGCAGCAACAGCAUCAACUGUUAAAUUCAGCUCUCACACGCAUCAACAGCAUUGAGGCUAACGCCUCAGCAGCGCCAGGCUGCACGACAGACGUGACGAAGCAACUCAACGAGCGCAUCGAUCACGUCGUCACCAUCAUUGGCGACAUAGGAACUUUCAACGGACCAGACUCGAUCAGCAGCACGGUGGCCGCCAUCAAGACGGACAUCACCAAGCUAAAGACGAAACCUGAAGCCGCUACAAAGACGUUCAAAAUGCCACACUUCGACAUUAGCAAGUUUGACGAUUACAACAAGUCGGACGCCUUGUCAUGGUGGCAACGCUUCCUCACGGAAGCAUCAUGCCGCAUGGUCCCAGCGGACGACAUGUUGAAGGCACUAUAUCUACAGCUGAUUGGAGGAGCGAAGGGAUGGAUGAACCACCUAGCGGCUACACACAAUCCAUUCGUGACGAUGAAGACAUCCCGAGGCGCGAGGGGUGCAAGCAAGGGGAGGAGUGCAAGAAGAACCGGCACAGUSUCUUCUYGGGGGCAGCCGGCGUGCUCYGAAGRGGUUGUGCAGCAAAGGCGGCCACCGGAGCAGGAUGAUUUUCCCCAAAUGGGAGAAGGAGAUGAGGAUGAAUAUGUUUUAGAAGACGGAGAGUUCGUGGCAGGAGAAGGUGAAGGAGAGGAAGAGGAAGGAGAGGGAGAGGAAGGAGAGGGAGAGGAAGGAGAGGGAGAGGAAGAGGAAGAGGAAGGAGAAGAAGAAGAAGAAGAUGAAGAAGAGGAAGGAGAAGAAGACGAAGAAGAAGAAGAAGAGGAAGAGGACGAGGAAGAAGAUCCAAUGGAGGAGAACGGCAGCUGGCAGAGAGAGUUCCUCGAGUCGAGGCCCGUUCGCAGCGACUUCAAGUACUUCUUUUGGGCCGUGUACGUCACAACAAGAUUAGCUUAUCUUCACGUCAAAACCAGCGGCAACGGUGUCUAUGCACGAAUCGGCGAAAUUUUAUUUGCAGCGCACGUGACUGAAAAAUAUCUCAUCGCGGAGUUGUGGGUCGUUAUCAAGGGCAAGCUCACUAAAUGUCUGUUGAAGGGGGAUAAAUUAAUGCCCAUGAAGUUGCCCAUCCAAAACAAGAGGUUGUUGGCAUUAAACAAGACUGGUUGCAUGCCGUUCGUGGAAGGACUUUCUGAGUUCUUACGGGCAAAUUUGGACGAGAAACUUCUUCCUUUAAAGUGUGCAGAGGAAGCAAAAAAAUCACAAACUCCGACGACGACGACGACGACGGCCACGAAGGGUGGCUCCAAAGCGAGGUCGCAGCAUCCCAAAGAUGUGAUUUCUCCUCAAACCAUUGUCGGGUCUUCCGGUAGUCUGGAAAGGGGAUCGGGCACAAAGACGAUUCCCUGGAAGAUUCGCGGGAAGAAAACAGUCACACCGGGUCCACCUCGUCCGGAAGGGCAAGGGGAGGGGAAGAGAAGGGAAGAGGAACUCCAAGUACCCCAAGGUUUCGUGCCGAACGAGCGCACAGAAGAUUUGACAAAAACUUGGGAGGAGUUGAAGAGUUUGAAGGAGAAGAAACUUUCACACGAGUCCUUUUACCUGCCGAUGAGAUGUUUGAAGAGGCCACCCCUGGUGAAUGGGAAAAGACCAAUGGAGGUGAGAGAGUCGGACGAGGACCAUGUGAAGUCCAUCAUGGACUCCAUGUUGAAGCAGCCAACUGGAGAUCAUCUUCCCUUCGUUGGCCUCGUCGACCCUGCCCAGGCCGGGCGCAAAGAAGACGUGAGCUUGACGAAACUGAGAGCCAACGACUACGAUAUUUUUGUGCUUGGUGGUGGCCACCGUCGGGAAGCGAGGGAGUGGUUAGCACGCAUGAACCUCGACAACGAGGAGUACCAGUACAAUGUGUGCUAUGUUUACGUUGGCUUCACGAUCGAUGAGGCGAGGCAGGUUGCCCACAGGCAUAACCUUGCAGCGGGUUACCACAGGGACUUAAAUUCAUCGAGAAGCUCAGGUGUUGGCGCCAAGUCUUUGAGAGCAGGGGGUGCGUCAAUGCAAGAAAUGAAGCUCACUUGCCUGAAAGAAGCAGGGAUUCCGAACGCGGCGAAGAAAUUGAACGCCCCAGACCCGUUGCUGCAGUGUGCUUUCAAACCCCAAGAGAUUUGGGAGCUCAUGUGUAAGAUCAUGAGCAUGUGGCAGAAGGGCGAGGUCAAAGGCAAAAAACUGAAGCCGGUUGCGAGGAGCUUCUUAAAAGCGGACCAGGAUCUGGAAAUGAGCGAGUCCGAGGGCGCGAAGAAAAGCCAGCGUGGGAAGAGGCUUGAUAGGGCGGCUGCGAAGGAGCAAGAAAUGACGCUUCUUUAUCCACGGGUGCAACUGCAGGGUAACAAGGUCCCCAUGGUCGUCGAGGACAUGCCAGCGCAACACUGGAUAGCCAUGGGUAGUAUGGCUCCAGAGGACGCUGUCCCUAUCCUCCUUGAGAUCAUUGCGAAGCAGAUCUCGCUUAAGGAGAUGGAGAAGAAGUUCCAACUUGUCAAGCAAAUCGCCUACGUCUGCAAGGCAUUCGCAGUGGGGGUGGGCGCUGCUGACUUCAAGGAUGCCGAGAAGUAGGGUCAGACAAGUAUCCCCUCACUGGAUGGCCAUAUUAAACGGGCCAUUGAAUGGAAGAACAAGGAGAGGAGACUGCAAGCGAAGAACGCUAUUCACGCGUUCCGUACGAAACCUCGCGUGGAACUGUUCGUCGAGUGGACGGAGGUGACACGAGACAACGACUCGGCGGAAGUGAAAAUUAUCAAUGGCGACAUGCGCUUGCUGUCGAAGCUGCAGACAGAAAAGCUGCCGACAUCUCUGGCUAUUUUCGACUUCCCUUGCGGGUUCGCGCACGAGGGCUACGCAUCUGAUAAUGAGCCGUUUUCGAAGUCGGACGUUGUGGAGGUUCUUCACAAUCUGAAGAACGUUUCCAGUGCCCCGUUGUGGACAGUUGCGGGAUUCUGUUCCGUGGACAUGCUUCCUUCCAUCCGUUCUGCGUUCCGGGAGGUUUGCAAUGCAGGGCAGGAGCUUUUGACGUGGUGCAAGCCUAAUGUGACGAAUCCGGGUGGGCCGCGGCUUGUGAGUGCGACCGAAUUCUGCGUGCUCGACUACUACAGUGAGAGUGGGCAGCGCGAGAUGGCGCAUUACAAUUUUGAUCCCACUGAUAUGCGUCACAAUUUCAAGCUCUUCAAUGCUGUGACGCAGAAGUACCAGCACCCUGGUGGCGGUGUUCUCUACCCGUACCAGAAGCCGUAUACUUUGUACUCCUGGCUUGUGAACAAAUUCUCUCCCGCAGGGGCCUGCGUUCUGGAUGGUUUCUCCGGUUCCGACACAGGAGCCAUAGCGUGCGUUAAGGCAAAUCGAAAUUGCCUUGUGGUGGAGAUAAAAACCAAGUGCGCUAAGGGCAUCGCCACGAGGCUUCUGACAGACAUCGGCGGCACACUUGCGCGCGAAACGCCAAAGCGGAAAGAAAAGGUAGCACAAGGCAGCCCGACCUCUAAGUUGUCUGGGGAUACGAAGUCUGCCGGAAAUGAACUCRUGCCCRACGAGAACACGGRCACUGCUGGAGUGGCGGACAGCGCUGAGGCUGUCGCUGUCRGGCCGUCAGGUGCGAGUUUGCCCACUGCCGAGGCUGCUGCCGGCCCGUCCGGUGUGGAGCAAACUGUUACCGGUGCUGAGCCCGCUUUCGUUGUGUCUCUUCCCGGUGAGGGUAGACCCGUGCCUGCUUCCAUGCUUGAGCCCAGCGUUGUUCCUGAAGCUAGACCAGAGGCUGAGCCGCAACCUGCGUCCGGGCCUGUUCCCGCUGCUGCAAAUGCUCAACAGAGUGUCUUGAGCCUCGCCAUAAGCCAGGAAUCGAGUAGGACCACGGUUGGCGGCAGGAAGGGGCGCAAACGAAAGGCAAGCGGUGAAGAGGUGUCGAGUCCGCAUGGUGGGGUAGCGAUUGGCCUCAAGGCCAAUACUCGCUCACGGACUGCGAAGUGACUGAGGCCACACCGUAUCCUUUGGAUAUAGGCCUAUAUGUCAUGUGGGGACACGCACUUUCGAUAUAGGCCUUCGCUGCA